GAGAGAGAGAGAGAGAGAGAGAGAGAGAGGGGAAAAAUCAAUUGGGUAAAAUUGUGUAUAUUUUUAUAUAUGUGAAAGAGAGUAGCCAUGGUGUCCGACCAAGAGAUAGCUAAAGGAGUUGAGAUUCUUCUGAGUCAAUCAGACCCUAAAUCAUUCACAUCCCUCAGCGAUGUUGUUCACCAGCUCGGCCAAAAAUUAGGGUUUGAUUUGUCUCAUAAGGCCGUCUUCAUCCGUGACCAAAUCAAUAACCUUCUUUACCGAUCACAAUCUCACCACCAACACCCACCAACACCACAGCCACCGCCACCGUCCUCCGUCACUACCUCGGGGAUUGCGAAAGACCAUUUUGCCCUACAACAGCAGCAAGCGCAAUAUCAUUUCACCCAACCACAGCCUCAUCCGUCUCAAUUUCACCAUGCUCAUUUCGCUCUUCAACAACAGCAGCAACAGCAACAGCAUCAGCAUCAGCUACAGCAGCAACAUCAACAUCAACAGCAACGCCAGCGUCACCCUGUCGAACUUAAUUUCAGUAAGCCUCCGGUGGCGGCGGUGGUUCCUUCUCCUUCGCCCCAGCAGACACAAGUGCAGCCCUUGCCGGAGGUGAAAACUGAGGGGGGAGUUGUUGUUCAGGAUGCCGGUGGGAAAUCGUCUGAAAAACCCAAAAAAGGUGGUGCAACUGGAACCAAAAGAAGAGGAGGACCAGGUGGCCUAAACAAACUCUGUGGCAUUACACCUGAGCUUCAAGUUAUUGUUGGCGAGUCAGCAUUAUCAAGAACUGAUAUUGUUAAGCAGCUAUGGGCAUACAUCAAGAAAAACAACCUUCAAGAUCCAGGGAACAAAAGAAAGAUAAUUUGUGAUGAUGCGUUGCGUGUUGUAUUUGAAACCGAUUGCACUGACAUGUUCAAGAUGAAUAAGUUGCUUGCCAAACAUAUCAUCCGACUCGAGCCCACAAAAGAAUCAUCACGUAAAAGGACAAAGGUCAAUGUUGAGCCUCCUGCAGCUGAAAAUACAAAUACAGAUGCAAAUACAGAUACAAAUACAAAUACAAAUACAAAUACGGAUGAUGUUGUUCCUUGUCAAGUUAUCAUUUCGGAUGCACUUGCCAGCUGUCUUGGUCUUGGUACUGCAGAAAGAGAGAUGUCCCAAUCUGAGGCUUUGAGACUUGUUUGGGAGUACAUCAAGCUCAAUAAUCUUGAGGAUCCUGGAAAUCCGGUGAUGAUUGUGUGUGAUGAAAAGCUGAAGGAACUAUUUGGAUUCUUGUCUUCUCAACUUACAUGGACUGAUAUUAUGCAAACAGGAAUUGAGGAAUUGAGCGUCUGACAUAUGAUGUGAAGAAAGAAAGUAGUAGUAGUAGUAAAAGUUUUUAAGUUUGUUUUUAUGGUUGUGGGUGCUGCUGACAUGGUAAUGGUAGUGUCUAGAAUGAUGUUGCAACUUGUUUUUAUGUUAAAACCAAACCCAACAAAUGGUUUUCUUGUUGAUGUUGUGGUGUUGUUUACUUUUACCCUUUGUAAAUGCCUAACCUUGGUUUGGACACAACUCAAGAAUGUAGUAGUGAAAACUAAACUAGUCUUUAAUGGAAGGAACCUUUUUUUA